CGCAUUCCAAAACCCGCUCCAUGCAGUGGUCACUAAGAUGCUCCGUGCUGCUCCUGAGAAAUCUGUGCGCUGCCGCUGAUGGCUGCUGGGCGGAGUGUGGCCGAAGCGGUUACUACUGUCCCGAAUUUUGCUGUCAGCCCACUGAUGGCGGAAAUCCUUCAUGCUGGGAUGAGGCUGGGAUCUAUACCUUCUCCAAAUGUUGCACUCAAGUGACCUUCGGUCCAGAUGUGGAUCUGUACUUCCAGCUUGGCCAAGUGCUGCUGCCCUUGUAUCGAGGGCCCUCGGAGCACAAUUCGCCCAAGGUCAACGAAAGGACACUAGAAGUUGCAUUGGGCCUUUGGUAUAUGCGAAGAAGUCUCAGAGAGGGAAAAGUUCCCAUCGAGAUUGGGAACGUACUCAGUAACUAUUGGCCAAAGGACGACUACCUUCAAGCCACGAGCGCUGACAGCUCCGCGAUGCUUCGCUACUUGCCGUGGCACUUGGCAGAUUUGGAGUACGGACAGGACGCCACAACGUUAUCCUUCCAAGAUUCUUCGGUCUUGAGCAUCUCUACGGUCGAACACGUGGGCCACGACAACGAGGGCCUGGGUGGAUCCUUGAACGGCUUCCGCAGCGACGGCUCGUUACAGAGCCUCGAGGACUGGGUGCGAUCCUGGAACCAGGCCCCAGAACUGCUGCAGCGGAUCGCGGCUUUGGCCCAGAGUUUUCUGGUGACUUUUCCCAUCGGCCUGAACGUGGCAUGGCGGAACAAUUGGGAAAUGGACAUGGGAAAAAAACAUGGAGGGAAUAUAAAUAUAUAUAUACAAUAUAUAUAUAUACAAUAUAGAUAUAUAUAUACAAUAUAUAUAUACACUAUAUAUAUAUACACAAUAUAUAUAUACACUAUAUAUAUACAAUAUAUAUAUAUACAAUAUAUAUAUAUACAAUAUAUAUAUAUAUACAAUAUAUAUAUACACUAUAUAUAUACACUGUCAAAGGGAACUAGGCGCUAG